AUGUACUGUGACCUUUGCCAAACCAGAAAACUUCGCAGAGAGUUUCCUGCAAAUGCCAUUACGGAUAACUGUGAACAUGCGCCCCUGCAUUGCCUCAGAGUGAGUAAAAGCAACAGUUCCAUUCACAAUUAGAGCGAUUUUCGUAUGACCUUGAAAAAUGGUUUCGAUAAGUGUUCGUUAUUUGUUUUAGCAGCCAAUCGAUGAAAUGAUCAAAACAAAAACCUAAUAUGGAGAAGGCAUUGUUCGAUUGGCCAAUAGUUUUGUUGCAUUAUGACGUCAAAGCGAAGUAUCUUUCCGUUCGUUUAUUGUUUCCAUUUUGUUCGCGUUUUUUCACUUCAAGAUCAUACGAAAAUCGCUCUAACACUUUACUGAUGUUUGUGUGAAUAGUACAACACUAAUGUCAAGAGAUUAUAGUAGGACAGUGUCCUGUUAUGAUCUCUUGCUAAUCGGGUUUAGUGCUUCUAGCCUGUCUGCACCAAUGUGUUUUCUGUCAGUUGCGUCUUGGCCUUGCGUCCACAUUCAUAUCAACGGUGAAAAAAAAUACAAGGUUUACGGGAAACUUGUUUCAUGCAUUGAGAGGCUAUAGUGGCUGCAACUACUGAUCUCCUCAAGGAGUGUUUGUUUUGUUUUUAUUUGUUCGUUUGUUUGUUUGUUUUUUAUUUUAUGAAGUGAUUUGAAAGUAAGAACAGCUUUUUUUCCUUUCAGUGUGUAACAAGGCACGUUCAGAAGUUUCAUAAGUGUUCUCAGUGCCCUCAAGCCGUAACAAUGGACAACCCACACUAUACUGAAUGCUUAGCCACACUCGAGAAUCUGUUUCCAAAACUCAAUGUGUCUUCUGCUCCUGAAGAUACCGACUGGCCAUCCGCGGAAGGCGAAAAAACGAUAUCUGUUGUAAUGUUGGGUGGGGACAGUACUGUUUUACAGUACCAACCACAUUUGACAAUUCUAUCGCUGAAGGAUUUCGUAAAAAGAAGGCUUGGUCCAGAUCCAGACAAACAACGCCUGCUACACAAAGAACAAGAGCUUAAGGUAUGAACCCGCGUGCCGGGUUACUAAACAUUAAGACUAUACCACAUAUGUGAAUGUCUACACUACGUAUACCAGCUAUAGCUUAUGUGUCGACAUUUACAAUCCUCUGGCCUCCUGGUAUAAACGCUUUUCCGCACUACCACGAGGAGGGGCGGAGAAACCCUUAUCCGAUAUGUGAUGAUCACUUUCAAGAUCAGCGAGACGCAGCUUCUCUCCGUCAUAGAAACCGUCCUAAAGCACUAUUCGUAUGUGUGAAGCAAAGCCUAUGGUUUUCGUGCCCGAGCAACAGCUAUCUGGUAAACUAUGCAAUUGUAGGCUUUUGAUGUGCAACGGGGACAGCAAUCGGCGAAGGUUAAAAAAUCAGUAGGUUUGAAUGAGUAUAACAAGGACUUUUCACGUGUGUCAAACAUUUUGGUUUAUUUCUUUACCGACAGUACUUGACAAUGACAAUAAAUUUUCUGACAGGAGUGGACAGGGCGUACACACAAGUCGUCCAAUAAUUUGUAACUCUGUUUUGCUGAGCCUGAAACUUUUGACAAUGCAAAAUGUCUGGGUUAUUUAUGAAAUAAUGAUGAUAGCAACAGUUCAGCAAACUGAGUUUGAGCAGAGCAGAGCUUCAUUUGUAUUGUAAAUAAUGACUCAGUCCUAUCAUUUCAUGGCGAAACAUUUCCCUCCUUUUAUACUCAACUCUCUCACUUUCACAGCUGUUUUUGAUUCAGUUUUGUCAGAAACUCAUUAGUUUGAAAUGUGUAACUCGCGUUCAAUGCGAGUGAAUACUCAUUUUUCUCAGUAUUUGGAAACCCUCGCAAAAGUAAAAGGUUUAACAACAGCUUUGCACGUGCAUUACGCUUUUUGUACAUUUCUUUGCCGUCACUGUACCACUACCAGGACUACGACGAGAUACAACGUAAAAGUGCCUAAUUUCACGGUUUGUGGUGGGCGAAAACACAAGACAACGACUUUAUUUUUCUUUCCCGUAAUUCGGUACAUACUUAAGAAUUCAACUCCAGAAAAAGUUUCCUAACAUUUGACGGACUGAAUGAGAUGGUAUAAGAGCGAUAGCGAUAUUAACUAAAGUUUGAAGCAGCGCGAUUUCACUUUUUAAGUGACGUUUUCGUAGCCGUUGCCGUUCUUGUUGCUAGCGCUCCCUAUUUUUUGAGCGGGCCGGUAACGUGGAGUAAAAUUACGUCACGUCGAUUACAAAGUUUGAUUUAUCAGUAUGUUUUCUUCUCGUUCAAAAUAAAAUACUUGCGAAAAUGAUUAUUCGCCAUUAUCGGACAAAGCAAAAAUAUAAGAGUUACACCUUUCAACCCCUUGUGAGUGUUUUUCUGGUUUUGUCUCUCACUAUAAUAUCAUUCCAGAUUCACACAAGCACUGGCAAACAGGCCACUUUACAAGAUUAUGGUAUCCAGCCAUUCAGUACUCUGCAUCUCAUCGUGGUGUUGUACGAGAUCUCCGAGUCUCUUGAUCAUGUGAUUUUUGACUUGUUCUGGGGCUAUCCAACGAGAGGGAUAGAUUAUUUAGAUGCGUCUGUGCUUAUCUACAGUGAGAACUAUUUUCAGGGGUUAGUAGACUGGUCUCAUCGUGGUUUCCUUGGAGUUACUCACUCUGGCGAUGUAAUGGAUAACGCCAAGCGAAUUGGCCACCAUACUAUACAUGUGAAGCUGAAAAGUUUGCCUUCUUCCGUCGACAAGCUGUUCUUCACGCUGAGUGCUUGGAGCUCACCAAACAUCUCCAAGUACAAAAAUCCCAGCUUGCGCUUCUUUGACGCCAAAGAGCCCAACAAGCAGCUUUGCAGUGACCAAAUGCAACACGCAGCUUAUUCCCAGGCCAUUAUCAUGUGCAGUCUGUGUAAGAUAAACCACAGAUGGAAAGUCUUUAGUUUACGCACGCUGUCCGCGGGAAAUGCAUCGAAUUAUUCCCCAUUGCAACAAACGAUUGGUGGGAUUAUUGACCAAGGAUUGUGUUAG